AUGCCUACCAUCCGGCGCUGCUGCAUCAUCGGCUGCCUGUCCAAUUCGCGUCAGCAUCCGAGCAUGCAGUUCUUUGCAUUUCCGCGUCCCGAGAAUCCCUUCCAUAAGCUGUGGAAGGAGGCAUGCCACGCCUCGCUGCGCCGAAUUGUGCCCUUCAAAAAGCCCGUGGUGUGUGCCCUGCACUUCGAUCCCAGUGUCCUGGGCGGACGAAGGCUUCAGUCCAAUGCCUUGCCCACACUGCGACUGGAGGUGCCCUCGAAUCUGGAGGCCGUGGAGCAGCAGGCGAUGGUGGAGGAGAUCGAGAGGAGCAGGAAGUGUGCCUAUAUCAAUGCCGUCGUCUACGAGUGGCUGGUGCGGGCCAAUAUCAAUCCUCAGCUAAGGGGGAGCAUAACCCAUGGCAUGAUCAAGGAUAAGGCGGAGAAUGCCCGCCAGGUGAUCGGUAGCACCUCGUUCAUUGCGGACAAUCGCUGGCUGAACCGCUUCCGGGAGACGCAUCUACAGGGCUUUGCCCAGAAGCUGGCCAGCAAUCAGCUAAAGUCCUUGGGCUCUUCUCUGUGGAUUCCUGAUAUUGUGCAGGACCUGGCUCAUCUCUUUCCGCCCGCAAGCGCAGAACGAGUGGCCAAGCUGGAGGAGAUGCCCGAGCAGUACAUGAGCUACAUGCAGCAGUACGGGGAAUACGAGGAGGAUGAUGACAGUAUGGAUGUCAAGGAGCAGAGCUACCAGGAACAGCAGCAGCAACAACAGCAGCAGCAACACUUUGCUCUCCAACAGCAGCACAUGCAACAGCAACAGCAGCAGCAGAUGGGUCAUCCAUGGCCACCGUUUCCGGGACAUCCUGGCCAUCCGCCUCAUCCAGGAUUUGCCAGCUUCAAUGACUUCUACUUCGAGCGUCACCAGCAGCAGAUGCAGCAGCAACUCCAACAGCAGCAGCAGCAGCAACAGCAAAUGCAGCAGCAGCCACAGUUCCCACCUUCCAUGCCGCCGCAAAGGGAACCCUUUCAGCCCCAACUGCCGCCCAAUGUACCGCCUCAGAGAGCUAGUCCUUUUCAGCCCGUGCAGUUGGCCAAGCGGCCCAAAAUGGAGUCCCCCGACGACAAUGAGGUGCAGGAAAUCAACUCAGCGGUGACCUCACCACCACUUGCCCCCACAGAAUCAGCCAAGGACAGUCGGAGUUCAAGUCCCAAGGAGCAGAAUAACAACAGUAGCGGAGGAAGGGAUAGUGCCAGCAGCAAGGAGAAUGCUCCUAAAGGCGGCGGACCCAGUGGGAAGUCCACGCCAGCGCUCUCCAUCAAAGGAAAGGAUUCACCAGCACCAGCCAAAGCCGUCUCUGCUCCCACCUCGCCCAAGAAGAUCUCCAACGGUAGUAGCAGCACCUCCGAAAGCCAAACCAAUGGUCACACAUCGCCCGAACCCGAACAGAAGAAGAAGGUGGAUAUGAUGCACGAGCUGGAUAGCUACACGCAGGCACUGGAGUACCUCAAGCCUCUGGAGGAUUUUGUCCUCUUCAAGGAGAACUUCCGGGCGAUUGGGCUGCUCUCCCAGCUGGAACUGGUGCUCCGGAAGGGCGACAAGGCCACUCUGGUCGAGGGUUAGAUAGACUUCCCUUCACAAGACGACGAGCACAAAACACA